ACAUACACCCUUUCGAUUUAUGUCUUUGGGCCGGGUGCUUUUUACUCGUGAGCCAAUCGGCACUGAAACACUCACUGAAAACGUGAACGUUCGUGACGUAUGAUUGAAAAUGUGUUUUACCAUAGACAAUUUUACAAAUAUGCGGUCGCUAGAGCACAUAUCGUGAUUUUUUAGCAAAGUUCGACUGUUCGAGUCGAAAAUGGGUUAUAAUUUAAAAUUCGAUGAUUCAACCGCAACAAAGUUGACAAAAUUAUCAUAUUUCAACAAACAAAGUAUGCAUGGAUCCGGUGAAUCCAUUGAGAUAGGAAUCCCUUUCCCACGAAUAUUCCGUGUUUAAAAUCCUGGUUACGUAAAUAUGUUAUUAUAAGGAACUGAUACAAUGACGCACCAUGCGAGUCAACCGAACACUGUUUGCUGGGCUGCUCAAUGAUAAAAUUUUAUCAAAACUUAAAUCAAAAGUAAAGCCCCAAAGAGGCCUCUGUGAAGAAGAGGAACAUAAUUAGAUGACGUCACAAACAUUCUUACUCUAAGCCGAAACGGAAAUUCAGUAUCUAUCGUAAAAUUAGUAAAAACGCAGACUCAUAAUUUCAUAACGAAUUCUAUAUGCAUUGAGUGUCCCAGUAUUAUAUUUCGUGACAGUGACGAUUUUUCAUCUGCCAAUAUUCACUUGCAGCGAGGGCUCGAAUUUACUUAUGUGGGAGUUCUAUAAUAUGCGAAAAUUGUCAUUUCACUCUUCCCCAUGAGGUCUUUCAUGAAUAAGUUAUUACGGACUAAAGCAUAAAAUCAAAAUUACCCCCAAAGCUAUAACGAAGUUCUUCGGGAUUUUUUUUACGUGGGCACAUUGCCAGGUGUUUUUCCCUGCGAUAUGACGGAAGUAACGAAACAAUGCCUUGGAAACUGACCAAUCGCAGGCCUUCUUUAACAAAACAUGAAAGUGGUGUGACAAUGGCCUGAUGAUUGUGGACUCUGGCUUUAAUGCUUGUCGAAAUGUGAAUUUCGAGUACGGGAGACGAACCAUUGGUUCAAUUUUAUAAAGGUUUUUCAAUACCGAUGCGUGGGAGACGUUUACAGUUGUCACUGAAGCCAGUCCGCGUUUCCACUGAAUGUAUUUCGAGACGUCUGUGAUUUGAAACCGUGAAGCGUUUUUACGCAACUUUGACAGGGGUUUAUUCGUGUUACAAAUAUAUAAAAUAUAUUUGAGUAUCGAAUAUACAGUUCAUUGAACAAUGGGCUGGGAGGACAACGCCGUGUUUUAUUUCGUAUUCGCUUCCUUGACGUUUUUCGUAUGGAUGGACAUGAGCUUCUUUGGCGAGAUGCAAGAACAAGGUUUGAUUGCGAACUCGACGGAGGCGAAAGCAGCAAAUUCAAGGUUUCCCGUCAAAUCUGUGAAACUGCGAAUGCAAGACCACAUAAGCCACUACGUUUGGUUGCCUUUAUCUGAGCAUGUCGACGCUAAAUACAAGAUCUCGAAGUUGUCGUGGGUAAGUCCGAACCUUAUAAGCGGCCUACAUCUUAUUGUGGCAAUCAUUUCAGGCAGGUUAAUGUACGAAAGAAACAUUUGGAUCCGACGAUUGGGUUGUAUCGUAUUCGAAUUUCGAUGCUUCUUGGACGUUUUCGACGGCGUGGUUUAUAGGGCACAAUCGAACAUGAAGACGUCGUUUGUGAACGGUUGGGGAACGUAUGGGUAUUUUAUAGACGCUGCGGCCGAUUUUAUAGGCUGUAUUCUUGUGCUGGUCUCUUGUAUUUUGUAUUUUUUGAGGUGUCCUCCUGUUAAACGCAAGGAGUACCCGAACGACGACGCUGAAAUGGCGUUAAUGAUUGACUAUUACGGCAAGUCAAACAGUCAGUACAAGGAGAAAGUAAUUGUAUUCUAUGAAAGCAAAAAGAAAAUAUUAAUAAUGAUGCUCGCUUAUGGGAUACAAAUAUCGGCCCGGUCAGGCUUUUGGGAUCAUUUUCUACACGAAUAUCAUACGCUGCUCGAAGUGAAAUCCGAUGCCAUCUCACCGGUAUUACAAGCUGAAGCAUUAAGUUUCCACAGUACCUGGGCAGUGUUGUGGCUGUGGAAGUUGUGUGCAGCAGACAUUUUCUUAGAGCUCACUAUUGUAGCAAUAUUUUUUGACAAGUUUUGGAGAUGGGUUGUUCUUGUAAAUUACGUUGGUCCUGCAACUUUAGCAAUAACUGUUGUGCUUUCCCAAAUGCAUGUUAUCAUGGUGCGACAAUACCUUGGUGUAUAAUUUAGAGAUACUGUAUCAAUCAUAUGAAAUUUUACCUUCCAACAAACGUCAAUGUUUGUAAAUAGUAUUUUUAUUUAUUGUGCAUAUGGGCAGUUUGAUUCCAAAAUAGUUCAGGCUUUAUGUUAAAAUAUCUGUCAGACUUAUCUAAACUCUAUAAUGCUGUACACUACGGGAUUCAAGAAAAUAGUACAACAUUUGACAAAGCCUGAAAAUGGCCUGCCUAAUCAGUGGUUUUACACAGUCGGUAGUUUGUAACAAAAUAUUACGGUCAGAGGGCAGGGUCAUAUGCAGAAUUUUUGAGCUUGGGGCAGUUAUGUUCCUUUGGUGGGAAAAUAUCUUGAAAGAAAGAGAAUAUUUUGACUGUUGUGUGGACACAAAACCUAGGGUUCACCAGUCCAAUGCUCUACUGAUGGGUGCUGCCCAACCAAGGUUAAGGUAGCCAACCUUGGUUGACAUACAUCAUACAUGGUAGUCACUUUUGAUAGCCUGUGUUAUACAUUAGAAGGACCUUGUUUUUGUUGUUUGAAUAUUGUUGAAAUACCACAGUUCAAUAAAAAUGGGUUCAAUGAAAAAAUUUAAGGUUGGAUCAUAGCUAUUCUAUAUAGCUACAAGAGAAUGAUUUUAUCAACAAUCACAUGUUGUACCUAACGGUUCGAAUAACUUGAAGUUCCUACAAUUAGACAUUUCUGGUCCCCAGUCAGCCCCUUGCCCCAUCGGCACUAUUCAUCAACAGCGGAUUCAGGUAAGUCAGAAUAAAUUACACAGCCUAAUUUCCAAUUCAAACAGCUUAAUGAUAAUUCUAUGGAUUUAUAUUCAAAUUAUGAAGUAUAUUUUUACUUAAGAAUCCAAAACUAUAAUUGCAAUUUAGAACUACAUGUAUAGUAAUUUAUUCUGACUUGCUCAUUUAUUCUGUCUUAAUAAUGCAUAUGACCCGCCAGCAUAUAAUUAAUAUUGUUAUAGUGCUUCUCUGAGGUGUGCUAUCACAAUGGUGUCCAUAGUCUCUGACUUACCCUGUAUAUGCGACUGCCCUUCAUCCAGCCAAUAUCUUGGCAGUGGCGUAGCCUGCCUGACAAUUUAGUCAUGCUAUGCUAAUAUUUUGGUGUCCAUUGACUGUGAAAACAAUGCAUUUCUAAAGAAAUUA